UUAGUUUUUAAUGCUUUGUUUGCUUUGGUAUCUAAGGGAGGCACGGACAGUGACGUCAACAUCAUUGAAGAUGAUGGAAAGAGUUUCUUCUACCAGUUCUGGUAUGAUACGGACUUCGCCCGCUUUGAGAUGCCCCCAAAGACGACUCCAUCAGAUAACUGCCCCUUCACGUUCUGCGGCAGCUGUGUCAGAAAUAAAGACAAAGAAGAACAGGAAACCCCUCGAGUGUACGAGCCGCUGGAGAACGAGAACAACGACUCAAAGGCGCUGUACGCCCUGGCCUGCUUUAAGGGCAACCAGUUCAGGGUGGGAGAUGGCGUUUACAUGCCUCCAGAGGCUUUUAAUUUCAGGUACGUUGCUGAUCUACAGGGCUUUUAA